AUGAACCUUCUUCGCAUUGUAUUGCUGCACUUACGAAACACGGCGUGGACGCGUCACUUACGCCAUGCACGGACUAUUACCACAAAUCAAUUUGGUGGAAUAUUCAAGGAUAUUAAUGUCGACCCAAGCAACCUGAAAAAGGAACCUGACGUUCGUGACUUUUUACCAUCUCUAUCUCAGUACCAAUCGCUAUACAACAAGAAUGAAAUCAAAGUCAAUGGAACUGUCGCUAAACAAGUCGUUGAUCUGGCAGUCGACUCGCUCAACACUCCUAAUCCAAAUCUAACUUCUGAUCUUGCCAAACUGUGCUCACCAGAUGAUAUGGGUAUACUUGGAACCGUGAUGUGUAAUAUUAGUAAAGUAACACGACCUGUAGGCCUCGCACUCUUCAAAGCAGGCACAAAUCUCGGCGGCCUAGAAUGCGAAUUCAGAUACGCCAUGUAUCUCUCACGAGGAACUCCAGAAGAAUCCAAACUCGCCAAACACCACAUGGAAUCACUCGCCUUAAAAGGCUAUCCUAAAGCACAGACCUGGGUUGGAAGUGCUAAACUAUCGACAAAUGCAUCAGCUGGUGUCGAAUUGUUGCGCAAGGCAGCAAGUAAGAAUGAUGUGGAUGCGUUGAUGGCUCUUGGAUUCAUGUUCAAGAAUGGGAAUAAGGUGCCGAGGAAUCUGAAGCUUGCGCACGAGUAUUUGAUGAAGGCUCAUCACUUAGGAAACGUCGAAGCAACAUACGGCCUCGUCCUAAUAUACCGCGACCCAGAUAUGAAGGAUAUGGAGAAGGCCACCAUCAUGUGCAAACAAGCAGCCACAGCCGGCCUCGCAGCAGCCCAACACGAUUACGCAAACAUGCACUUAUACGGAUAUUACCUCCCGAAAUCGCUAUGGAAGGCCAUCGAGUACUUUCGUAUGGCUGCGACACAGGGUUUUACGCCGUCACAACUGAAUUUGGUCAAGAUAUUUAAUGUGGGGUAUAAAGUUGGUGAUGAAGAGGUUAAAGCUGAUUUGAAUGAGGCGCGGAGGUGGUUGGUUGCGGCUGAGAAGGGGUUGAGUGGAAGUGUUAGGGCGAGUGAGGCGAUGGAGAAUGAUGUGAGGGAGUUGAGGGAGCUGUUUGAUGGAGAGGUUAAGAAGAUUGCGGAGAGGCAGAAGGAUGAAACGUGUGUUGUUAUGUGA